CCGUAUUCUCUCUCUCUCUCUCUCAGGCGAAGUCGCGGAGUUUUCCUUUUUGCAGAUAGCGAUGGCACCGGUUUAUAGUGCAGUACCCAGGAAAGAUAAACCUAGAGGACGUCACGGAUUAACUCAACAGAAAAGGCAGGAGAUAAAAGAAGCAUUCGAGCUGUUUGAUACUGAUGGCUCUGGAACAAUUGAUGCAAAAGAGUUGAAUGUUGCAAUGAGGGCUCUUGGUUUUGAAAUGACAGAAGAGGAAAUUAAUAAAAUGAUAGCUGAAGUAGACAAGGAUGGCAGUGGUGCUAUUGACUUUGAUGAGUUUUGUCACAUGAUGACAGCCAAAUUUGGAGAAAGGGACACUAAAGAGGAGCUAAUGAAAGCUUUUUACAUUAUUGACCAAGAUAAAAAUGGGAAGAUUUCUGCUGCAGACAUUCAGCGCAUGGCGAAGGAGUUGGGUGAACGUUUCAGCGAUAGAGAGAUUCAAGAAAUGAUUAACGAAGCAGAUCAAGAUCGUGAUGGUGAAGUUAAUGCCGAAGAGUUCAUGAGAAUGAUGAGGAGAACUUCAUAUGGGUACUAGGGCUAAAUUACAACUGUGUUUGGUUGUCAUAUUGUCAAUCCUUCUGGUCAUUGUAUAAUAUGUUCUUGAAUUACGAACAACAUAGCAAGUUUAUUUUAUUGUUGAAAUGACGUGGUUACAUAUUAAAUAUCCUGACUUGUUGCUGUCUAAAAAUACCGUGCAGUUGUCCAGUUGAGUUUGCCAUUCUUACAUAUUUUUGUAACUGACCUAGAUGUUGCAGCAACUAGAUUUUGUUGAUUAUCAA